UAGCUCCUGUUGGAAGAGGGAAGUCUUUUUUAUCAUGAACAUUGUGCCGACCGUCUCCAGUUGAAGCAGGGUCACCGCCACAUUUUCACACAAUUGCUGAAAGUUACAACCACAAAAUCAGCAAGAAUAUAACAGACACUCAAGGUCAUAUUCAGUUUUGCAGUCAGCUCAAUUCUUCUAUUUCGCAGAAGAUGUAUGGUAGUGCCCGCUCUGUUGGCAGAGGGGAUGCCAACCAUAGUGGAGGAAGAGAUGGAGGUGGCACUGGCAAUCAGGGAUCUGGCCGUUCUCCUCGCCUUCCCCGUUCUCCUCGGAUGGGACACCGUCGCACCAACAGCACCGGAGGCAGUGGAGGGGGACCUGGAGGAGCAGGAGGCAAGACCCUUUCCAUGGAGAACAUCCAGUCCCUCAACGCUGCGUAUGCCACCUCAGGCCCAAUGUACCUGAGUGACAAUGAGGUUGCUAUGGCAGGGGACCACCUUCCCAAAAGUGGCGGGACUGUGACGACCAUGGGUAGACAAAGGGUGACAUAUGGGUCGAGGGGCAGCAGCAGCGGAGUGGUGGCUGCUAGCACCCCCAACAUCUCCACCUCAGUGCCUGCCAAUGCUGUGUUGCCAGCAGGCAUGAUGGCGGGUGAUGCUCUAGCUUUUGGGGACCACCACAUGGCCUCCACUGUGCCCCAUUCUCUGAGGCAGGCCAGAGACAAUACCAUACUUGACCUGCAAGCUCAACUUAAAGAGGUUCUGCGUGAGAAUGAGAUGCUGCGGCGGGAAGUGGAAGUUAAAGAGAGCAAACUCAGUUCCUCCAUGAAUUCUAUCAAGACCUUCUGGAGUCCAGAGUUGAAGAAGGAGCGAGCUCUCAGGAAAGAUGAGGUUUCUAAGAUCGCUGUCUGGAAGGAACAAUACCGUGUGAUUCAAGAUGAAGCACAACAUCUCCAGAUGACUGUUCAGGCUCUCCAGGAUGAGCUGAGGAUCCAACGGGACCUGAACCAGCUGCUGCAGCAAGAUCCCGCCAGCCAAGGCCGGGACCUGGCCCUGACAUCUGAACCGACAGAGGAAAACUACCGGCGGCUACAGGCCGAGCAUGAGAGGCAGGCCAAAGAGCUCUUCCUCCUAAGAAAGACCCUGGAGGAGAUGGAACUGAGGAUUGACACACAGAAGCAAACCCUGGGAGCCAGAGAUGAAUCCAUUAAGAAACUUCUGGAGAUGCUGCAGAGCAAAGGGCCAUCUGCAAAGGCAUCAGAGGAGGAUCAGGAACGGACCAGGAGACUGGCUGAUGCAGAGAUGCACAGGCAUCACCUUGAGAGUUUACUGGACCAGAGAGACAGAGAGAUUACUGCACUAAGAGAGGAGCUGCACCGUCGGUAUGAGGGAACCCCCGAGUCCACCAAAACUAAGGCUCUGCAGACUGUCAUCGACAUGAAAGAUGCAAAAAUCAACUCAAUGGAGCGGAGCCUGAGGGACAUGGAGGAGGAACUGCUGAUGCUGAAAUCCAAUGGACUUCUUAGCUGUGAGGAACGUCAGGAGGAGAUGAAGCAGAUGGAGGUUUACCGCAGCCACACCAAAUUCAUGAAGAACAAGAUGGAGCAGGUGAAGCAGGACCUCUCCAGGAAGGACACUGAGCUGCUUGGUUUGCAGACCAAGCUGGAGACACUCACCAACCAGUUCUCAGACAGCAAGCAACACAUUGAAGUCCUCAAGGAGUCUCUCACUGCCAAGGAGCAGCGAGCUGCUAUCUUACAGACAGAGGUUGAUGCCUUGCGCCUGCGCUUGGAAGAAAAAGAGGCAACUUUGAAUAAGAAGAGCAAGCAGAUACAAGAAAUGUCAGAAGAGAAGGGCACACUCAAUGGGGAAAUCCACGACCUCAAGGACAUGCUGGAGGUUAAGGAGCGCAAAGUUAAUGUGCUGCAGAAGAAGAUUGAGAACCUACAAGAGCAGCUCAGGGACAAGGAGAAGCAGAUGAGCAGCCUGAAGGAGAGAGUAAAGUCUUUGCAGGCAGACACUUCCAACACUGACACUGCUCUCACCACACUUGAAGAAUCUCUUGCAGAAAAGGAGCGCAUCAUUGAGCGUCUAAAGGAGCAGCGAGACAGAGACGACCGGGAGAAGACAGAGGAGCUUGACUGUAACAAGAAAGAACUGAAAGAGUUGAAGGAGAGACUGAGCUUACUGCAGGGAGACCUGUCAGACAGAGAGACCUCACUGUUGGACCUGAAGGAGCAUGCAUCAUCCUUGGCCUCCUCAGGGCUGAAGAAGGACUCAAAACUCAAGAGUCUGGAGAUCGCUCUGGAGCAAAAGAGGGAGGAGUGCCUCAAACUGGAGAACCAGCUUAAGCGAGCUCAAAAUGCAGCCCUGGAGGCUCAGGCUAACACUGAGCUGGCCGAGCGCAUUAGGAACCUUGAGCAGGAAGUGGCCCGCCACAAAGAGGAUUCUGGGAAAGCCCAGGCUGAAGUGGACCGCCUACUGGAGAUUCUUCGGGAAAUGGAGAAUGAGAAGAAUGACAAAGAUAAAAAGAUCAGUGAGCUGGAGAGUUUGGCCUCCAGGCAGAUGAAGGACCAGACGAAGAAGGUGGCGUCUCUUAAGCACAAGGAGCAGGUGGAGAAAAGCAGGAACGCUCGACUCAUGGAGGAGGCUAGAAAGAGGGAGGACAAUCUGUCUGAGACCUCCCAGCAGGUGAAGGACACUCUGCGUCAGAAGACGGAGCGUAUAGAGGAGCUGGAGGAAGCCCUGAGAGAGAGCGUUCAGAUCACUGCUGAGCGAGAGAUGGUGCUUGCACAGGAGGAGGCUGCCAGGUCACUGCAGGAGAAACAGAAGCACUCACUCAAACCAAUGCAUGAGUCCAACCUCGCCCACUUUAAGUGGUCUAAGAUGGAGGAGCUACUGGGGGCCAUGGAGAAGGUGAAGCAGGAGCUGGAGUCUAUGAGGGCCAAGCUGGCCUCCACCCAGCAGUCUCUGUGUGAGAAAGAGGCACACCUCACAACCCUGCGAGCUGAGCGCAGGAAACACCUGGAGGAGGUGCUGGAGAUGAAGCAGGAGGCGCUGUUGGCUGCUAUCAGCGAAAAGGAUGCUAACAUCGCCCUUCUGGAGUUGUCCUCCUCUAAGAAGAAGAAGACCCAGGAUGAAGUGGCUCUGCUGAAGCGGGAGAAAGACAGACUGGUACAACAGCUGAAGCAGCAGACUCAGAACAGGAUGAAGCUGAUGGCAGACAACUAUGAGGAUGACCAUCUGAAGACUGCCCCUGACCAGACGAAUCACAAACCCUCUCCAGAUCAGAUGAUACCCCCUCUUCUAGCCCUGUCCCAGAACCGCAGUAAGCUCAAGCUCUACAUCGCCCACCUGACAGACCUCUGCCAUGACCGGGACCCCAGCAUCCUCAGCCAGCUCACGCCACCCUCUCACUACCACCAAAGCGACCCUGAAGACUGGGAGGAGGAGCUCCAGAAGAUGAGUGUCGAACAGUUGGAGCGGGAGUUGGAGGUGUGUGAGAAGGAGAGCGGAGAGCUGCAGGAGUACGCCAACUCUGUUCUCCAGCAGAUCGCAGACUACUGCCCUGAUAUCCUGGAGCAGGUUGUCAAUGCUCUGGAGGAGUCGUGCUGACAGCUCUGACCUCAGACACAACCUGGCUGACUACUGGUCUUCACAUAACCUGUAGCUGAGCCCACGUGCCCCUACCUCCACCCAAUGAGGCUCCAGGAAAGAAGGGAGUUAUGAAGGAAGGAAGAAAGCGGGGGCAUUAUCUCAACCCACUGAGCUCUAAUUCUUUGUUCCCCUCAUCCACCCUGGAACAAACUUUCAUGACCCCUGAGUGCUUUCCUGUCUCAUGUGUCAGGCCUGCAAAAAUCGAAUUAGGGAUGUUCACAAAGUCUGUCAAAAUGCUGUUAAAUAUGUCACUUGGGGCAAAUAUCAGAUUACUCACUUCAAACCGAGGCCUGCUCAUUUAAUGAUGGCCACGGCAGAUGGUGCAGUCGCAGUAAGAAGAGAAAAACUAAUGUGCACACCUAGACAUUUGUCAGGCGGGCAACAGCAUGCUGGGGGUUAGUUAGAAAUGAAAUGUUUUACUCUUUUGCAUUUGUGAACACACCAAAUUUGAUUUUUGCUUGUAGGAUACUUGCAAAAACAUCAUUGCACACCUGUAAGUCUGGGACAGGUGCGUUGGGAGAGAAAAGAUUUCAGACGAAAGAAGCAAACUUCCGCACAAAGUCUUGGAGUAUACUGCCAACCUUCCUCUCCCUAGACGGGGUCAUUCACAGCAGGAAUUGCCAAAUCAAGCACAGUUACCUCACCCACUUCUAUCUCAGUCUUUUACCCCUUAGAUUCCUCUCACAAAUGUUGUAAGUUUAUAGGGGUAAAUUUAUUCUUCACAUGGGGCAGGAAAGCACUUUUUGCCUUGGAGAACUGGGGAGCUGCUACAUCUAGAGGGGAGCAGAGAGGAGCUGAGUUCAGUGUGUAAAUCACGGAGCCAUGUGGAUGCUUGUUUUGUGUUUUAGUCAGUGUUCUCUAAGCACUGGGUUGGAACCCAGUCACUAGUUAGAAUACAGCUGCUGGUGGUCAGUCACCACUUUUUAACCAAAUAAAUGCAGCAUGUUCUCCAAAUGUUUCCUCUCCGAGCUGCGGGUCUGUCCAUGUAGCAAGGAUUAGGUUGUAGGUACAUUUUACCGUGUCAUCUGUGGCUGGGUCAUUGGCAUGGGAGGGGGAACAAGGCCUGACCUUUGACACAGAUCAAAGAUCAGAAUUUAGUUACACUAAGUUUUCAACAGACGAGAGAGAGGAGAAAAAAAAAGCUUUUUAUUCUUGGUGACGUAUUAAUUUUUAGAUGGUUUUGCACACAACGUCCACUUGUUUAUGAGGUAUGCAAUGUUUCUUUUGAGAACGUUCUAGUGGCCUUGGAGCAUGCACAGAAAUCAGUACUGGACCUAAAAGCAGGGAUAUUUAUUCCUCUGUAAUAUUGGUGCUAAGGCAUGAUGUAGGGAAUUUUCGAUCUGAUCCACUGAUCAUUCAGUCUAAUCCAAAGUUUCUAUAGAUGUUACUUAAAGCCCACCUGCUCUUUUAGUUUGCAGACUGAAUCAUUGAAGAAUACAAGCGAUGCCCCUUUUUCUUGUGUUUUUCAGAUCACUUACAAAUGCAAGUGAUGCCUCCUUUAUUGUAUUUUUUGAAAUCUUCAGGGCUGAGGUUUUUAAUUACUAAGUGCAUCUACAUUUACAUUUACUUACAAAUGAAAGUCACUUUUCAGCAGAUUUUGACUUUUUAGAUGAGUUUGUAAAUAACGUGAUAUUUAACACGUGCAGUGACUGAAUAAAGGUAAUUAAGUGGAAGGUGUUGUGCAUUCUUUAAAAAAAAAAAAAAUCAGAAAAGUUACAAGCAGUGCAGUUGUCUUUUGUGUCCAAUUUUGUCUUCAGGACAAAAUGUGUGUGUGUGACAGUACUGCCAUAACUUGCAGAAAGUCAUGUUCUAUAGAGAUAUAUAUAUAAAUAUCAUACAUAUAUAUAAAAAUGUUUACUGUAUGGAUAUGCAUUGAAUGUUUGCACAGAAUCUUGAAGAGCGAGCUGCUCUGAACAAAAAGACCGUUGAGUUAGUAUCCUCAGAAGAAACUGAGGAAAGAAGUGUCAAAAAAAAAAAAAAACAACAACUUUUGUGUCAAAAUAAUGUGUGAACUACAAAUGUUUUCAAACCGUGACUGUGUGAUGGGAGAGUACUUUUCUUGCAUUUAUUUCUAAUUGUCAUUUUUUUUAUAUAUAUUUUCACCACAUGGUGAUGUAAAUGUAUUAUCCUGAGAUUCCAGUGUUGUUGUCUUUUUUUUUGUUUGUUUUUUUGUUUGUUUGUUUUGUUCUUCUUACCUGUUCUGUCAUGGUUGAUGUCAAAGGCAGAUUGAGCCUGAUGGAUAAAAGGAAAUAAGUCUGCAACCAUCGUGGCCCCCCUGCUGUUAUAAGAGGAACAUAAUGUUACAGAACAAACAGUUGAACACUGCGUAGGUAUAUGUCUAAAAAUAGAUGAAGUUUUCUAACAAACUUCAGAGGUGUGGUUGAUUUACAGAUACAUUUGGGUGGGUGGAUUUUCAAAGUGGACUAAUAGCAUGUCAUACUGAAAACAUAACACACUUCUGGUUUUGGAGGAUGUUUGAUGCUUGUUUUUGUACUUCUCAUCUGUCAAACCUCUCUGAGCGACGGUUCAUUUCUUUUCAUUCCUAACCCCUUUACUUUUCACCACUGGGUUCAGAGAAAGAAGAAGGCAUUUUUUAAGUGUUUUAUUUCCCUUACUUUGGCCUGUGUGUCCCUGCCCUUGCCUUAAUGUCUUGUCAUCUCUUUUUCUCGACUCCUUAUUGAGGAACACAGAGCUGAUUAAGGGGCUUCUGUCAAGUUCAUGAUAUUAGUUUCUUUUCUUUUGCAUUUGUACAAGAAAUGUACUGCCUUCUGUCUCUUCGUGUUAAGAAUCAAACUGUGUAAAAAGAAAGCAAAAUAGACAUGUUUGUCAGUUAUUUGGAUUUUGUAUGUAUGUAAAUAAAUAAA